GUUGACGGUCCCUAACGAAUAUCAAGCGAACGUCAAACGUUGAGCCAACUUCAAUACGCUCUGACAGCAAGGUUCCGCCUCUUCUCUUUUUUCACCCUUUUUACUUUGACUGAGGAAUCCCCAAAGGAGCCAUGUCUCAGCCUGAGGAAGACGAGCAGAACCCCUUAAAUCCUGGUCCAGACCUAGACCGACCCAGAUCCGGGUCUCCAGCCCUGUCCCAGAUGUCAUACCACUCCAUGGACUCACCUAUGACCUUCAGCUCAGAACUGAAGCCAGAGAAAACAAACUCCUCCACACAAACCCCGAGACCACAGAGACAUUCACAACGAGCUCGGAGGAAAAGCUCUGUUUCUGAGAGGGACGCUGAGAGAUCCUCUGCUCCAGACGCUGCUUCCAUGAGUGAUAGUGUGUUCUCAAAGGGUAUUAUAGUGAAUUUAAAAAAAGAAGAUUUACCUGAUCUCCAGAAGCUUACAGAAGGCUCCGGUGAUGAAGAAAUUGAUACUGCGUCUAUAUUUGAGCGGCUUGAAAAUAUGAUUCAUAAGUUGGUGAGUUCUGAACUGAGGAGGUUCCAGAGAGCUGUGAGUGCAGACUGUUUUAAGGAUUGCAGCUCUGAUGGAGAAGAUUCUGACAAGAGGAGCAAACCCAGAGGAGCACUUCUGGACCUGACUUUACACUUACUGAAGGAAAUGAACCAGGAGCAACUGGCCGAUUCACUCAAAAGCAGGCUGCUUGCUCCCGUCUGUCAGGGCCAGAUAAAGUCCAAACUGAAGGCCAAGUUUCAGAUGGUGUUUGAGGGAAUUCAGAAACCAGGACAAGCCUCUCAUUUGGAUGAAAUCUACACAGAGCUGUACCUCACAGAAGGAGCCUGUCAGAUGAAUGAAGAACAUGAAGUAACACAAAUCCAAAUGAGACGAACUCAAGCUAUCAGGACCCUCAAAAUGUUCAGACCUCUUCAUCGCUGCUCCAGUAGGACAGAGGAACAGAGCCGUGCUGACGAAGGGCGUGGCUGGUGUGGGGAAAACCCUCCUGACGCAGAGAUUCAGUCUGGACUGGGCUGA